AUGAGCCAAAAUCAAAAUUCAAUUAUUCCAGUGGAUACUCAAAUUGAUUCAAUAUUGGAGGAGAACGAACAACAAGUUACACCAACUGAGACCACUUCAUUACUUGAAAAUGCCGAGCCUUUCCGACGAUAUAGUCAUUUCCCCUCGAAUGAUAGUAAUAAGUUGGUUUUUGCUAUAAUACCUAGGCACCCAAAAAGACCUUUUGUUAAUAGAAGACACACCUGGAACCCUUCACACAUUCGUAAACUUACAGCUCCUAUAACGCAUUAUAAAAGGCGAAGCGGCCUUUAUGAUGAAGAUAAACAUGAGUUAGUUCGUGAAGGUGGCGGAAUUCGUGUCUGGUACGAUGAUUACACAACUAUUGAUUGGAUCCAUGAUUAUAUUAAGGAACGUGUCCGAGUUCGUAAAUUGUACUCUCGUAAAGGUUUCUCGGGAUGGGUUAUAAAAUCUUGGGACGGUUUACAAGGAUGGAUUUUGGUAUUUCUUAUUGGUGUUGUUGUUGCAUGUGUUGCUGGAAUAGUUGAUGUAACUGCUGAAUGGGGUUCAGAUUUAAAGGAUGGUUAUUGUUCAAAUGGUAUUACAUUGAAAAAACAAUUUUGCUGUAAAAAUCAAAAACAUGGAUCAUGUGCCGAAUGGGUUGAAUGGUCCAGUGCAUUUAAAAUGGAGGAUCCCAAAAAAAGCGCUUGGUUUAAUUAUUUUGCCUAUGUGUUUAUUGCUUUUUGUUUUGCAGUUGGAUCAGCCUUACUUGUGAAACACAAUUCACUUUAUGCAUCACCUUCUUCAAAACGUUCAAUAAGAUCAAACAAUAAUUCACAAAAAAGUAGACAACCUAAACCAUAUGCUUCUGGUAGUGGUAUACCUGAGGUUAAAACAAUUUUAAGUGGCUUUGUUAUUCGUGGAUUCCUUGGUAUAAGAACACUUUGGGUUAAAGCCAUUGCAUUGGCAAUGGCAGUAUCGUCUGGAAUGACUCUUGGAAAAGAAGGCCCAUUUGUUCAUAUAGCAUGUUGUGUUGGCAAUGUGAUAAGUAGAUUAUUCCAUAAAUAUAAUAAAAAUGAAGGGAAAAGAAGAGAAAUAUUAUCUGCAUCAGCUGCAGCUGGUGUAAGUGUAGCAUUUGCUGCACCAAUUGGUGGUGUAUUGUUUUCUUUGGAAGAAGUUAGUUAUUAUUUUCCAAGUAAAACUUUGUGUAGAAGUUUCUUUUGUGCAAUUGUAGCAGCCGUUUCUCUAAAGUUUAUAGAUCCAUUUGGUACUGGGAAAAUUGUAAUGUUUCAAGUAAAAUAUGAUAAAGACUGGCAUUUUUUUGAAAUUGGAUCAUUUCUAAUCCUUGGUAUAUUAGGUGGAUUAUUUGGAGCACUAUUAUGUAAAUGUAUUGUUUUAUACACUAAAUAUGUUAGAAAUGGCACCAGACUUAAACAAUGGCCAAUAAUAGAAGUUGCAAUGGUUGUUAUUCUCACUUCAUCUCUUAAUUAUUUAAAUCCUUUUACAAAGAUAUCAAAUACUGAUUUAGUGGCGAAUUUAUUUAGUGAAUGUUCAGAUGAAAAAGAUUCAUUAGGUCUUUGUGUAUAUUCGGCCAAAGAUGUAUAUCCAAUAUUUCAUUUACUUGCAGUGGCCUUAAUGUCCAAAUUUUUAACAUGUAUAAUAACUUUUGGUAUAAGAACCCCAGCUGGUAUAUUUAUACCUGCAUUAUUAAUUGGUGCAUGUUUUGGUAGAAUGUUGGGAUUGGUUGUACAAUGGCUUACCUUUCAGUACCCGGAUUCUCCAGUGUUUGAACAAUGUAAUCCAAGAGCACCAAAUGAUUGUGUGAUACCUGGUGUAUAUGCGAUGGUAGGAGCUGCUGCUGCUUUAGCUGGUGUGACUAGAAUGACAGUUUCUUUAACAGUAAUUAUGUUUGAAUUAACAGGAGCAUUAACAUAUGUGUUACCAAUAAUGACUUCAAUAAUGAUAUCUAAAUGGGUAGCAGAUGGAUUUGUUCAUCAUGGAAUUUAUAAUUUGUUGAUUGACUUGAAUGAACAUCCUUUUUUGGAUGCAAAUGCUGAAUAUAUUCAAGCAACAAAUACAUUUGAUUUGACACAAAAGGAUUUAGAAGUUAUUGAUGUUAAUGAUUUGAAUACUGUGGCAAUUUCAGGUUAUUCAGACACAGGAUUUCCAAUAAUAGAUAAUAAUAUGUUGGUAGGAUAUAUAGCAUCAACAGAAUUGGAACAUGCAUUAAAUGAUUUACCACCAAAAUAUGAUGCUACAACAAGAUGUUAUUUCAAAGAACCUGAAUUUAGUGUUAUUCAAAAUCCCGAUAAAUCUGUGGAUUUUACUGUUUAUAUGGAUCAAGCUCCAUUAACUGUAUCAAAAAAUUCAUCAUUAGAAGUUAUAUUAGAAUUAUUUAAAAAAUUGGGAUUAAGAUAUGUUUGUGUGACUGAAAAUGGUCAAUAUGUUG